AUGUUGAUCCCUACCGAUGAAAUUCUCCUCCCAACCGACUUAUCCUCUUCGCCCUCAUCUAGCUGGUCUACCUUUGAUCAACCUUCAAACACAUCUUCAACUGUCAACCUAGCUAGCAGUCUUGCUAGUAGUCUAUCUGGAAGUCUAUCAGCCAGUCAAAUUCUCACCAUCUCAUAUGGGACCUUCUCACACACUCUUUCCGUCACCACAGCCUCCUUCCCAACAGCGCUUCAACUCCGUGAUGACUUUCUCCACGAUCUAAAGGCGACGAGUGGGGCCGUUGAAUUAUCUUCCUUAGUGGAACUUUGGGCCCGCUUUAUCGGUUUCACCGUGCACCGGCUAGAACAGUCGCCAAGCGGAUUGAGAGAUGAUUUGCGACAUCUAUUGACGAUCGCUCUGGAUACGUUCGACAGGGAUAUUCUCUUACAACGCGAGAUUCACGGUGUGGUCUUUGCUCUGGAAAUUUCCCCUGAUGUCCAGUCGGAUAUUUUGGCGGCUUACGUCCGAGCACGCUAUGCACUGCGCCGCGUUAGUAGACCCACCGCGCCCUCAGCCCUCUUGACGGCCGCGCAAGAGCGCAAGGCACGGCUUUUCGCGGUAUUUGGUGGUCAGGGAAAUGAUGAAGCCUAUUUUGAAGACCUUCGGACGCUCUGGCGAACUUAUCGGCCACUGGUAGAGGACCUCAUUCUGUCAGCAUCAGGUAUGCUGCAGCGUGAGGCCCUCGAGGAUGGAAUUAGUCGAUUUUAUCAUAGUGGCAUGGAGAUCAUUACCUGGCUAGAGCAUCCAGAUCGAACGCCCCCAACUUCUUAUUUGAUUGGGGCGCCGAUCAGUAUGCCACUGAUCGGUCUGUUGCAACUAGCUUGGUAUCGUGUCGUUGGGCGCGUCGUGGGUGCCACGCCCGCACAAUUACAGACCGCCCUCGCUGGUACGACCGGUCAUUCUCAGGGUAUCAUCCCAGCCACCGUGAUCGCCGUUGCCCAAUCAUGGACGCAAUUUGAUGUUUUGGCGCUUGAUGCGCUCCGUCUGUUGCUUGCGAUUGGUACCGGCAGUCAAGAUCAAUUCGUCGUCGCUCAGCUGCCCCCGGCUGUCGUUGCCGAUGCAGAAGCCCAUGGCGAGGGCCUUCCGGGACCCAUGCUGAGCGUGGCCGACUGCCCAAUCAACCAAACGAUUGCUUAUGUGGGCGCCGUCAACGAGUACCUACCGGCAGAUGCUCGUAUUGAGGUGGCCCUUAUUAACGGACCUAGUCACGCAGUGUUGGCCGGACCACCACUGUCGCUGCACGGGUUCAAUGUUUGGUUGCGUGCACUGAAAUCUCCUACGAAGGGAGCUCAGCAUCGAAUUCCUUUCAGUCAGCGCAAACCAGAGAUUCAAACCAGAUUCUUGCCGAUCACGACCGCCUUCCACAGCAGUUAUCUAACUGAUGUUGCGCCCGGUGUAUUGGAACGUGUAGCUGAUUUUACUAUUACGGGUGAUCAGCUACGCAUUCCAGUAUUCUGCACACGCACCGGUACUGAUCUGCGCAAAUAUGGAAGUGCCAAUCUCAUCCCCAGGCUCAUUGAGCUGAUCACGACACAGGAGGUCGUGUGGCCUCGAGCUGUGCACUUCCCCGGAGCUACGCACAUCUUGGCAUUUGGCCCCGAUGGCGCAUCUGGUAUUGGAGCUUUGACAAAUAGGCUUAAGGAAGGCACUGGGGUACGCACUGUUCUGGCUACCGGGAGCUACAGCCCUCGGACAGAGCUGGGCGAUCGGAGCGAGUUCUUCGAUUGGAAUACCGCACCCCGGGGCUUAAUCUACGGACCUAUCUGGCAGCAAAGAUAUCGACCGCGCUUGGUACAAAUUGCCGGUGGCGGCGUGGUGGUAGACACCCGACUUAGUCGCCUCCUGGGCUUGCCUCCAGUGAUGGUGGGUGGUAUGACGCCGACCACCUCUUCCUGGGAUUUUUGUGCUGCCGUGAUGCGCGCCGGAUUUCACGUCGAACUGGCUCUAGGAGGCUUCUAUCGUCCAGCCCAACUGGAGUCAGCUAUUUACAAGCUGCUUGAUGCAGUCCCUGCUGGUCGGGGAAUCACUUGUAACAUGAUAUACGCUGCUCCUCACGCAGUCAAGUGGCAGAUUCCACUACUGGCUAAGUUGCGUGCAGCUGGUGUCCCAAUUGAAGGCCUUACAAUCGGCGCUGGUGUACCAUCGCUUGAUGUGGCUACGCAGUAUAUUCAAGAUCUCGGCCUACGACACAUUGGGUUCAAGCCUGGCGCUUUACCCGCUAUUCACCAGGUUCUCGAAAUCGCUCGCGCUCACCCUACCUUCCCUAUUAUCCUCCAAUGGACCGGUGGACGAGGUGGUGGCCACCACUCUUUUGAGGAUUUCCAUCAGCCAAUUCUCCAAGCCUACCAUGCCAUCCGACGCUGCGAGAACGUGAUUCUUGUGGCAGGUAGUGGCUUUGGUGGUGAUGAGGAUACUUUCCCCUACCUAACAGGUGAUUGGGCCUGUCGCUAUAACCGACCCCCAAUGCCAUUCGACGGUAUCCUUCUUGGUAGCCGUAUGAUGACUGCAAAGGAAGCGCAUACUAGUCUUGCUGCUAAGCAAGCUAUUGUCAACGCUCCAGGUCUCGAUAAUGAAGCUGAUUGGGAGCAGUCAUACUCAAAGCCUGCCGGCGGCAUUAUGACCGUUAUCUCAGAGAUGGGUGAGCCUAUUCAUAAGGUCGCUACUCGCGGUGUGCGACUAUGGGCCGAGUUUGAUCGCAUUAUCUUCAAGCUUGACCGUAGUAAACGUGUUGCAUACCUCCAGAGGAAUCGCGCCUCUGUGAUCCAGCGCCUGAACACUGACUCAGUUAAGGUGUGGUUCGGUCGCGAUACGGAGGGCGAAGUCGUGGACCUCGAGGAAAUGACAUACGCCGAGGUUCUACGUCGUUUUGUUGCCCUCACUUAUGUAGCGAUCGAAGGUCGAUGGAUUGAUGAAUCCUAUCGCCAGUUUUUGUUCGAUUUCUUGCAGCGUGUCGAGGCGCGCAUCAGUGAUGAUGAUGUGGCCGGUGAAAGCAGCGAGAUUAAUAUUGACGCUCUUGCCAAUCCAUAUGAAGCACUCGAUAUCAUCUUGGGUCAGCUUCCACGCGCCCAAGAACAGCUGAUUGGUACUCAAGAUGCGCAAUAUUUCCUCCACUUGUGUCAGCGACGGGGUACAAAGCCAGUGCCAUUCGUGCCAGUCCUCGACGAGAACUUUGAGACUUACUUCAAGAAGGACUCGCUUUGGCAAUCGGAGGAUCUCGCUGCCGUGGUUGAUGGCGAUGUCGGUCGACAGGCGAGAUUCUCACUGGUAUCCACCAAGGGCACAUUCAACAGCUGCAAAUGCGGGAUCCCGACUACCAGGACGAUGGACCCCCCGAUUGUCGACUGCUUCAAUGCCGGCUCUACCAUUGAGAAUUGGCGUCUGGAGGAACAGGGCAUUCACUGCGUGUCUGUUGGCAACACAGGCUCAGUGUUAUACGAAGUCAUGCCUACGAACGGCCCGCCUGGCACUACCCCUACUCCAUCGUUGUCAGAAUGGCUAGCAGCCCUGGGCGGCUCCAAUGGAGGCUGGCGCCAGGCUUUCUUCCACACGAAAACAAUCGUGCAAGAUGGAGCAAUCUGCGAGAAUCCCUUGCGACGACUAUUCCAGCCUACGCGUGACUCGUAUGUGAUGGUUCAGCAGGGUAUGAAAGGUGAUACUAUUAUCACACUGUUCGAACACAGACCUCACUCUGAACCCGUCAAGGUUGUUGAAGUGCGAAUGGAUGAGCCUGGUGUCAUCACUCUGGAGAUCAUCAAUUACCGAAAUGCCGGAGGCGAGGCUAUCGGUCUACUAUUGAAGUUCCAGUUCCGGCGCGAAGCCGUCUACGCUCCUAUUCAUGAAAUCAUGGAUGGUCGCAAUGAACGUGUCAAGGACUUCUACUAUCGAGUUUGGUUUGCCAACGAAACCCCUGAAUCGUGGCCAUCAGUGCAUGACACCUUCUGCGAAUCACAAUUUGAAGUGACGGCCGACUCAAUCGCCGAAUUUGCCCAAUGCGUGCAGAAUGCUAGUGACGCUGCCAGCAAGCGACGUGGUAAGCAGAUGGCGGCGCCUCUAGAUUUCGGUGUCGUUAUUGGCUGGGAGGCGUUGAUGAAGCCGCUCUUCUCUCGUGAGCUCGAUGUUGAUCUCUUGACUCUGGUUCAUCUUACCAAUGGCUUCCGAAUUCCUGCUGAUGCAGAGCCUAUCCAAGCUGGUUAUGCGCUGUCGACCAAGUCUCGCAUUCAGGCCAUAACAAUCGAGGAAGCUGGUAAGAUGGUAGAAGUUCGCGCAGAUGUGUAUCAUGAGAACAAGGUGGUUCUAGAACUGAGCAGCCAGUUCCUUUACCGCGGUAUCCACGACGAUUGGGAGAACAUGUUCCGCAGAGUUGAUGAAGAGGAGAUGGAAUUGUGUCCUCGCACUCCUAUGGAUAUGACAAUGUUGCAAUCGAAGUCCUGGUUCCAGCCCUUGGACCGGUCGCUCGACUUGCAAAACCAGACUUUAGUCUUUGUUCUACGUUCGACAUAUCAGUACGCCAGCAAGGAUACCUUCAAGACUGUCACGACUGUAGGCGAAGUUCGUGUAAACUCGUCGCUUCCUGGAGGUUCACGGCUCAUUGCGACCGUGGACUAUCAUGCAGUUACCUGCCGAGGCAAUCCUGUUAUGGAUUACCUGAAGCGUCAUGGUAGCCCUGUUCAAACACGCUCAAUGUUCGAUCAACCCAGUCCCUUGACUGCUGAUGGAUCCGCGUUAGUUCUUACCAUGCCACGCUCUAACGAGGCAUACGCCCAUGUCUCCUGGGAUUUCAACCCUAUUCAUGUAUCGGCGUCCCUGUCCCGGUAUGCAGAUCUCCCAGGCUUAAUCACGCACGGCAUGUACACAUCGGCCCGAGUUCGUGGUCUCGUCGAGCACUACACUUGCGCCUCGGCCAUCGGUGCCUUUCGCAGCUUCAAAUGUUCCUUCACCAGCAUGGUGCUCCCAGGUGACGAGAUUGAGGUUGUUUUCCAACAUAUCGGUAUGCUUGCAGGACGCAAGAUCGUCUCUGUUGAAGCCAGACACGCUGGUCGCGGCGAAAUCGUCCUGCGUGGAGAAGCUGAGAUCGAGCCCGAGGAGACUGCUUUCCUGUUUACAGGCCAGGGCAGUCAACGAAAGGGCAUGGGAAUGGACUUGUAUGCACAAAGCAAGACCGCCCAGCAGGUCUGGGACUAUGCCGAUGCCUAUUUCUCGGAUAACUAUGGUUUCCGAAUCACCGAUAUUGUGCGCAACGAUCCUAAGGAACUCACCGUUUAUUUCGGUGGCCCACAGGGUCGACACAUUCGCGACAAAUACCGCAGCAUGAUGCGCGAGAGCGUCGGGAAAGAUGGUAAGGUUGUAAUGCUGCCUCUUUUCCCUGAUAUCGACGAAGAGACAGAGUUCCACACCUACUCCUCUCCCACCGGUUUGCUCUCAGCGACGCAAUUUACCCAGCCAGCUCUGACGUUGAUGGAACUGGCCAUUUUCGCUGAUCUUCAAUCGCGUGGCCUGAUCUCACAGCGUAGUUCGUAUGCUGGCCACUCUCUGGGUGAGUAUGCCGCUCUCGGAGCAGUGGGCAAGAUCUUCAAUGUCGAGUCACUUGUUCAGGUCGUUUUCUAUCGUGGUCUUCUCAUGCAGUUUGCCGUUGAGCGUGAUGCAAAUGGAAACUCUGAGUACCGUAUGUGUGCGGUAGAUCCUAGUCGUGUGGCACCUGGCUUCGGACAAGACGCUCUCCAGCUGGUUGUCAAGACCAUCGCCCGACAGACUGGCCUUCUACUCGAGAUUGUCAAUUUCAAUAUUCUGAGCUUGCAAUAUGUCUGCGCUGGACAUAUUCAUGCCAUCCACUGCCUCACCACGGUGUUGGAUUACAUCCACGCCAACGCACCACUGCCCAACAGUCCAGACCAGUUCGCGACUUUAGUAAAAGCGCAGGUUUCGCAGGUCGCGCAGGCAAAGGCACCAAAAGAACUUGCCCGCGGCUGCGCUACAAUCCCACUACCUGGAAUUGAUGUCCCAUUCCAUUCCUCAUCACUGCUACCUGGUGUAGCGGGCUUCCGACGCUGUUUAUUAGAUUUCAUUGACAGCCACGCAUUGGACACCAAGUGUCUAGUCGGGCGAUAUAUCCCGAAUUUAACAGCCAGACCUUUCGAGUUGAGCAAGGAAUAUUUCGAGCACGUUCACCAAGUAACGGGCUCGGUUGCACUUGAGGGUAUUCUACGCGAGUGGGAUACAUAUGUUGAUUCAACUGGAUCUGAUGGUCUGAAGAAAAUCGAGGGUGCUAUUCAGGCGAUGAAGGUGGCUUAA